GCCGACCGUUGUGCAAAGUUUCGGGCGCCCUCUUGGGCGCGCACUGUGACUGAUCAUACUGAUGACACUCGUAUCAGUCGCCACUCCCUUUCGGGCUACUGCGGGUGCUGUAGCUGCGCGGGACGUUAUGGGCUACCUCGUUCUCAUUCACGAUUGGUUUCGACCCCCGGCGUCCGGCUGCUCGUUGGGCAGAGGAUGGCUGUUCUCCUGCCGCCGAGGCAAAAUGAGGCGCUGCCUCACUCUGGAACUCACCUCACCUGUCGUGGCUAGCACCCACAACAAAAAGCUGCGGGUUGCUGAAUUCGGCUUUCCACUGCGACGGCAUUGCAAGCUUGUGCGGUGCCUGAGUGCUGUACCACAGCUGUAGGCCCGGCUUACAUGGACUUUGUGGCCAGUUCGGCAGUCAAACUCGGGCAGCU